AUGAAAGAUGGUGAUGUCUUAAUCUCUCGAGGAGGAAGAUUUGCUCGCGGUUUCUUUAGCCCAGGUAAUUCCGGCUUGCGUUACCUGGGGAUUUGGUAUCAUGGACAACCGGAGCGAACCAUCGUUUGGGUUGCUAACAGAGGAAAUCCGGUGAAUGAUACUUCCGGGGUCCUUGCAUUUGAUCAUGAUGGAAACUUAGUGAUCCAUGAAAACAAUGGGAGCUUUCCCAUUUGGUCAACCAAUGUUUCCUCCACGACUUUACAUAAUUCGACUACUGCUCAGCUUUUGGAUUCAGGUAACCUGGUUUUGAAUCAUGGUAUGAGCGAAGUGGUCAUUUGGCAGAGCUUUCACUAUCCCGCAGAUACCUUUCUUCCGUCCAUGAAGCUUAGGUUGGACCGGAGAACAGGUUUGAACUCGUUCCUGACAUCUUGGAUAUCCGAAGAUGAUCCAGCAUCGGGCCGUUGUUCAUACAAGUUUGAACCGACAGGUUACCCACAGUUGUUCCUUUACAAGGAUCGAGCUCCGUACUGGCGGCCCGGACCAAUAAUUAUAAAGUGGCAGGGUAGCCUUGUCAGGAUGGCUAACGAUUUUAUAUAUAAUAUCAUAAUUGUGAAUAGCGCGACCGAGGUUUCUCUGAUGUGUGCCGUCAUCAAUGCAUCGGUUCUCUCCAGAUAUGUGGUGCAUGAGUCAGGGUUAAUUAAACACUUCAUGUGGCACGAUGAAGAGCAGCGGUGGACCGAGUUUAAUUACCAUCCAAAGGAACUGUGUGACUACUACAACAAGUGUGGGCCUAAUGGCAUCUGUGGUGCAAACGAUGCAGACCAGUUCAACUGCACAUGCCUGCCGGGCUUCGAGCCCAAGUCUCCGGGUGAUUGGUACCUAGGGGACGGAACAGGCGGCUGCAAGAGGAGGCAAGGCGCGUCAAUUUGUCAAAGUGGGGGAGGUUUCGUGAAGGUGAAACAGCUGAAGUUGCCGGACACUUCAACAGCACACGUCGACAUGAGCCUGACCUUGAAGGAAUGCUUGAGGGAUUGCAACUGCACAGCUUAUUCGAGUGCAAAUGGAGGCUUAAUGGGUCCACGGGCCUAUUACAAAGCCCAGCUUCAAGCCCAAAAACAGAUUGGGCUUCAGCCCAAUUCGCAGGCCCACAGAACCGGCCCAGGCCCAAAAACAGGGCAUGGCAGAACAGGUCAGGCGCGGAGCUGGCUGUUCGUGGCUGUGGCGGGCGUUGAGGCGGCGGCGAGUGGCAAGAGGUUUGAGGGGGAUGUGAGAGCUCCAGCGGCGUCUGGGCUUCGUGGGGCUGGUGGCAAAGGUCUGAGGGAGUGUUGGGGAGUGUAUGGUGGCCGGAGGUGGCUGGAAAAGGUGGCAGAACAGCGGCAGCAGCAACUGCAAGUAGUGCAGGGCAGGGCAGCGAAAACAACAGGGCAGGCAGUGGCAGAAGGGGGCUGUUCGUGGCUAUUCCGGCAUGCUACGGCUGAGAUUCGACCUGGUGGUGGCUGGGCAGCGUUGGAGGAAGUCUGUGGAGUUCAUAUUGGAAACUGCAAUUGUUCAAUUGAUUUCCCUAAGAUUUCCGUGUUCAAUGUCAUUGGCACGCUACCCGUGCCUUCUUUUACAGCUCGCUAUAGGAAAAGGAGUAUUCUUGUCAAGAAGGCAAUGGUGCCAACGAUAUCGAUAUCUGCACUAGUGUUGCUGCUCUUGGGCUCCCUUAUGUACUGCCUUCUGUUGAAGAGGAAAAGAGAUAGAAGAGGGCGCAAUCAUCCUUCUAGUACUACCACAAGCUCAACAUACUUGGUUGAACUUCAAGGUCUGAAAUACCUCGACCGCAAUGCAAGACAAAAAACAGAUCUACCGUUCCUUGAUUUUGGAACUGUUGCUGCAGCCACAAGCAAUUUUUCCUCUCUCAAUGAGCUUGGCAAAGGCGGUUUUGGAUCGGUCUAUAAGGGGACGAUUAAUUACGGAACCGAAAUAGCAGUUAAAAGACUCUCGAAAUGUUCUGGACAAGGAAAUGAAGAGUUCAAGAAUGAAGUCAGGUUGAUUGCCAAACUCCAACGCCGGAAUCUGGUGAAAAUCUUAGGUUGCUGCAUUCACGAAGACAAGAAACUGUUAAUUUAUGAGUAUUUGCCCAAUAAAAGCUUGGAUUCAUUCAUUUUUGAUGAAACGAAAAGAUCACUUCUGGAGUGGGGAAGAAGCUUCGGCAUUGCAUAUGGGGUAGCUCGACGACUCUUGCAUUUACACCAGGAUUCGAUGUUGAGGAUAAUCCACAGAGACCUGAAAGCUAGUAAUGUCUUACUGGAUGUUGCAUUGAACCCGAAGAUUUCAGAUUUUGGGAUAGCUAGAAUAUGUGGAGGAGACCAAAUUGACGGAAAAGCGAAGUGGGUGAAUAAACCCCAUGAACAAGCACUCGAUAAACGGUGCUUCAACAACUCUGCAUCAACUUCGGCACACCAAGCACUCACACGAAAUCGGUGCUUCACGGCUUCAUGA